AUGACCAGACAAUUGACUCAUGGAAGACAACCAGUCCAUGGAACUGAAGUCUCAUACAGCAAAUAUGCCUCCAUCUUUUUCAAUAUGAUUAAUCAAUUCAUCCCUCUUGCUGCAAGGAUAGCAAUGACCCAUUUUCAUGUUAACUUUCUUGUUCAAAUGUUGAUCCUACCACCAGUAUAUCUUAUUUUUGGUGGAAGAUGGACUCUGUGCUUUCACAAUUUACUACAUCAAGAAGAUUCAUUGAAUUCAAUAAUUGAUCUUUUUCUUGGAGUUGGUUUUGGUCACUUUUUAACAUUCGAUCCAGCAAAGGCUGCCCAUGAUGCUGAUCACAAUUUCAACUAUGGCCAAGGGAGCAGAAAGUACUCUAUGGACACCACACAAGAUUACUUGGCACCAGCUGAUGUUCUAGAUACAGACAUAAGCAAAUCCUGA